UGUGGUUCACAAGCCCUACAUCUACAGGUCUCCUCUAUUGAAACAAUCCUCUCUGUGAUGAUCUCCCGUGAAGUCUAACAGUGAGGCUCUCUCAAAAAUGACACUGUUCAUACCAGAUUGGGAGGCUAGACGUCACUUUCUGGUGAUCCUCAUUUUCGGGUUCACCCCUUCGUCGAUCCCUAGCACUGCAAUGAAAUCUACAUCUGGACGUCAAAAUUCAAACCAUCAAGAGCGCUAUUUUGUGAAACUAUUAUGGCUGGCAGCAGGGGGUGUGGCUUCUGGAUUGGGCUUGUAUCUUCUGGGAUUGACAGCUUUCUGUCUCUGCAGGAAGAGCAAGAACUCUUCUCAGAGAUCUGUCCAACAGGAUGAUCACAACCAAGUUGUAGAUUUGGUGAUGGGAGACAUGAGGAGUGGAGGCAUGGUGGAUUCAGGAAAUGAUGGGUUCUAUUCUGUCAUCACUUCUGUACCGUCCACAUUCCUGCCCUCAGAGAACUCUUCUCAGAGAUCUGUCCAACAGGAUGAUCACAACCAAGUUGUAGAUUUGGUGAUGGGAGACAUGAGGAGUGGAGGCAUGGUGGAUUCAGGAAAUGAUGGGUUCUAUUCUGUCAUCACUUCUGUACCGUCCACAUUCCUGCCCUCAGGUGAUAUAAUACUUAACACACACAAUUAUAUACAGUCAAUUAUUUAAUUUCAAUGCAAAACUGAACAUGCCAAUAUGCUUUAUAAAGAAUAUGAGCAAUAUGGAAUAAAUAACAAUAUUUUCUAAUAUAAUUGCAAAAUGGUCUGUUAUAACAUGAACAUUUAUUUUUCAGAUUGCAACUGGGUAAAAAUCUAUGAGGAUGAAAAUAUUGUGACGUGACUUAGACAAACUUUUUUUCAAUUUUGGUCCUUAGGCCAAAUUGUAUUUGUUUAUUUUAAUGCAGUAUAUUUUGUAUUUAUUGCCCUGCCAUGUUACAGGGGGUAGAAAAGGGGAAUAAUAAGCCAUCUGAAAGCUUGGAAUGAUUAGUUGGUCAGACUGGAAAUUUAGACUGGACACCAGGGUUCACACCCCUUCCCUUAUGAAGUGCAUGGGCUCUUAAGUGACCACAGAGUCAGAACACCAUUUAAAAUCCAAAAUGAAACAUUAUCACUUCCAGUAACAUCUGGUCUUCCAUGCAGGGACAGACUAGACCUGACCACACUUAGCUUCAGCGUGAAGCCAGAAGUGGAAUGCAGGGUGCUAUGCUGAUAUAGCAAGGCCUCUCUAAUAACCUAUAUGAUUUGGGAUUUACAUCUUGGUACUUUUGUGAUUACGCUUAUUUUUCUGCCUCUAUUUUUCCUGUGUAUAGCAAACACAC